CCUAUCGCUGUACCGAGCACAGAGGCGGAGACACAGACGGAGAGCGAGAGAGACGGAGAGAGAGACGGUAGAACCGACACCGGCACCGGAAUAAACACCGCACACACGUCACCACGCCGCGCGCACACCGCAGGAGGACUCACGCGCACACCGCAGGAUGACGGAGUGACGGACUGAGGGAUUAUGCUCGGUGCGGGAUCGGUGUGCUCGCGCUGCGCAGUUGGACAGGUGUGUUACCUGUGGCGGGCUUCCCGCUUUCUCCUUCCGGCUCCGGCUGCGAUAAGAGCCCCGCCACGCGAGCGCCGCUUUAUUCCGGGUUAAAGGUGCGGCUCGGGUUUGGACAGCAGCAGCAGCAGGAGGAGGAGGAGGAGGAGGACGGGACAUACCGCCUCCGUUAACACCGACAGCACAGGCGCGAGACAAUCGGGCCUGUGUUAGUGACAUAAACACCCUUUAUUAUCGUGCCUCUGACGCAGCGCGGAACCGGACACAGCCGGAACCAGACCGGACCGCGGCCAUGGCGGUGUCACAGCCGGACCCCGAGGACCAUCAUCAUCCUCCCCCUCCUCCUCCUCCUCCUCCUCAUCCUCCACCGGAGAACGGCUUCGUGACACCGGAAGCGCCGUCUCCGGGGCUGAUGCUGUCGCGCGUGGACGGCUGCGUCCUGCCUUUCCUGGGCGGGUUCGGUCGGUACCAGAAGCAGCUCGUGGUGCUCACGUGGAUUCCGGCUCUGUUCAUCGGCUUCAGCCAGUUCUCUGACAACUUUCUGCUCGCGCAACCGAACAGCACGUGCCUGCGGACCAUCAACGGCACCAUCGCGACCGAGCACGAGACCACCACCGCCAUCAGCACCGCCAUGACCUCCUCCAUCAGCACCGCCAUGACCUCCUCCAUCACCACCGCCAUGACCUCCUCCGCUCCGUUCUUCCCUCACGCCAAGAAUAACGGGAGCGCGCGAGCCUCAGAGCAUUGCGCGUGCGAGAAUGAAACAUGGACGUAUGAGCUGCUGUCAGGACUCACACAGAAUGUGGUGACCAAGUGGAAUCUGGUGUGUGAUUCUGCGUGGAAGGUGCACAUCGCUAAGUUCUCCCUGCUGGUUGGUUCCAUAUUCGGAUACCUGGUUCUCGGAGUGCUGGCUGAUUGGUUUGGGCGUCACGCGGUGUUGGUGGUGUCGGUGUUCUUCACACUCGUGUUUGGCAUGUCUGUGGCCUUUUCCAUUAAUGUCACCAUGUUCAGCACACUCCGCUUCUUUGAGGGCUUCUGGCUUGCUGGGAUCACACUCUCCCUCUACGUCCUGAGAAUCGAGCUGUGUCUGCCUGGCUGGCGUUUCUCCAUGACGAUGGUUGCUAACUUUGUGAUGUUAGCAGGGCAGUUGUUAAUGCCAGGGCUUGCUGCCGUGUGCUCUGAUUGGAAGAUCCUGCAAGCCGUCAUCAUCUGCCCCCUGUUGCUAAUGCUGUCAUACAUAUGGUUAUUUCCAGAGUCUCUGCGCUGGUUGUUAGCGACGCAGCAGUACACUCGCGCCAAAUGGCUUAUCGAGCGCAUUGCUAAGAAGAACAACACAAACGUGGACACGCAUGAGCUUAUCACAGAGCUGAACAGGGUUUUGGAGAAGCCACCGAAGAAGACAUGUAUAGUGAAGAUGGUGGGCACGAGGAACCUGUGGAAGAACAUUGUGGUCCUGUGUGUCAACUCGUUAACUGGUUAUGGGAUCCAUCACUGUUUUGCACGCAGUAUGAUGGAUCAGGAUAGCGAUCGCGUCACCAUGUUCCAUAACUUCUAUGCUGAUUAUUAUACGAUGGCGGGAAUCGCUGUGGCAACGGGGCUUGCGCUGUGUCCAGCAGUGGGAAUUAUGGGUCGUCGGGGGGGUUUACUAAUGUUCAUGAUCAUCACUGCACUGGCAUCGCUGCUGCAGCUCGGCCUGCUCAACUUGAUUGGAAAAUAUAGCGUCCAGCUUAAGAUCGAGUCAGAAACUCUCACGUCAGACUUCCACGUGGCGUUCUCCAUCAUCGGCAUGUUCUCCUCGCAGGCUGUCAGUAAUCUGAGCAUCUUUUUCUGUGCAGAGAUCACCCCCACUGUGAUCAGGGGAGGAGGUCUGGGUUUGGUGUUAGCGAGCGCCGGGUUUGGGAUGCUAACGGCGCCCAUCAUGGAGCUGCACAAUCAGAAAGGCUACUUCCUGCACCAUGUGAUCUUCGCCUGCUGCACGCUCAUCUGCAUCAUCUGCAUCCUGCUGCUCCCCGAGUCACGCCACCAGCCCCUCCCUGAGUCUCUGUCCGAGGGCGAGGGCUACACCCGCCACCCCCUGCUGCCCCCCCACAAAAAACCUGCUGAACAGCUUCACCUGCUGCCCGGCCCCCACGGCCGCAACUAUGCCAAUGACGAGCACGCCAACGACCGUGCUAAUGACUAUUCCAAUGUCAGAGGCACGCCUCUGCGAGAGGUCGCUGUCUCUACUGUUGAGUCCACUGCCUCAUCCACCAUUGCCACUGAUGAUGACCCUGGCGAGGACCCUGGUGACGAACUUAAUGCUGUGAGACUUAGCGUCCUCAGGCAUCUCGACAACUCAAUACCUCCAGCAACAGAUUCACUUCCUGAUCUCAUUGUCAAUGCCCCACCCCCUGAUGCCUCAGAAACCCCACCCACUCUUCAAAGUAGCCCCUCCCCAGUCACCCUAGACUGUGAAACCCCGCCCAUAAUGGACGAAGUUGUCACCAAGUCUCCAGUAGGUGCAUCUGUGAACCUUCCUGAACUCGUAGCCCCACCCAUUACAAAUGUAACUCCACCCGCACUUUCAUUCUGCCCCCCUCCAUCCUCUUCCUCUCCUAUAGACUCUGAUCCUUUGCUGUCCCCACCCCCUCAGUCAGGCUCCACCCCUUCAGAGCCUCCUUCACCAGCCAUUUUAGAUGAAACUGUGAAACGGUCAUUACCUCUGACUGUGACACAUCCAGUUCCCCCCUUUAAAGUGGACUCAACCAUGUCCUCUCCCAUAGACUCAGCUGUGGACUGUACCAUCAGCACCACUAAUGGGGGAGCGUCAUCCUGAUGGGCGUCAACAUGGUGGGAAUGUUUCUCAAAUCUUUUGCCUUUGGCUGCUUCUCUCAAGCUGCUGCAAAGGGAUUUACUGACAUAAACAAAAGGGAGGAGCUUGACACCACAUGGGAGCUUUAAAGGGUCCUGACUGGAAGAAAAAGGUGUCAGUCACCAUGGAUAACACUGGAAUCACUGCUGCUGAGUAACCGUGAAAUGACAAACUCUGAGUAGUGAAACUUUAACAUUUUACUGACUAAUUAAGAGAAAUGGCAGAUGUGGUACCGGCCACAACCCAAUUCACUGGAAACUAGUUUUAGUGUUCUUUUUAUUAGUGUGCUUUGUAAAACAAAAAGUGCUAAAUGAGACAUGCCCAAAAGGGAAUCUUUACUUUAGCCAAAACAGCCGCUAAACAGUGUGUGUGUGUGUGUGUGUGUGCAUGUGUAGUGCCAAGCCUGAAAGUCUCAAAACCAUCAAACCUGAUUUUAGAUCCUAUCCACUAAACCCUAAAUCACUAAACCCUCAAAGAGUGAAACACUGAGCUCUAAUCACUAAACCCUCAGAGAGUGAAACACUGAGCCCUAAUAACUAAACCCUCAGAGAGUGAAACACUGAGCUCUAAUAACUAAACCCUCAGAGAGUGAAACACUGAGCCCUAAUCACUAAACCCUCAAAGAGUGAAACACUGAGCCCUAAUCACUAAACCCUCAGAGAGUGAAACACUGAGCUCUAAUAACUAAACCCUCAGGUUUCAAACACUGAGCCCUAAUCACUAAACCCUCAGAGAGUGAAACACUGAGCCCUAAUCACUAAACCCUCAGAGAGUGAAACACUGAGCCCUAAUCACUAAACCCUCAAAGAGUGAAACACUGAGCCCUAAUCACUAAACCCUCAGAGAGUGAAACACUGAGCUCUAAUAACUAAACCCUCAGGUUUCAAACACUGAGCCCUAAUCACUAAACCCUCAGAGAGUGAAACACUGAGCCCUAAUCACUAAACCCUCAAAGAGUGAAACACUGAGCCCUAAUCACUAAACCCUCAGAGAGUGAAACACUGAGCUCUAAUAACUAAACCCUCAGGUUUCAAACACUGAGCCCUAAUCACUAAACCCUCAAAGAGUGAAACACUGAGCCCUAAUCACUAAACCCUCAGAGAGUGAAACACUGAGCUCUAAUAACUAAACCCUCAGGUUUCAAACACUGAGCCCUAAUCACUAAACCCUCAGAGAGUGAAACACUGAGCCCUAAUCACUAAACCCUCAAAGAGUGAAACACUGAGCUCUAAUCACUAAACCCUCAGAGAGUGAAACACUGAGCCCUAAUCACUAAACCCUCAGAGAGUGAAACACUGAGCCCUAAUCACUAAACCCUCAGAGAGUGAAACACUGAGCUCUAAUAACUAAACCCUCAGGUUUCAAACACUGAGCCCUAAUCACUAAACCCUCAGAGAGUGAAACACUGAGCCCUAAUCACUAAACCCUCAGAGAGUGAAACACUGAGCUCUAAUAACUAAACCCUCAGGUUUCAAACACUGAGCCCUAAUCACUAAACCCUCAGAGAGUGAAACACUGAGCCCUAAUCACUAAACCCUCAGAGAGUGAAACACUGAGCUCUAAUCACUAAACCCUCAGGUUUCAAACACUGAGCCCUAAUCACUAAACCCUCAGAGAGUGAAACACUGAGCCCUAAUAACUAAACCCUCAGGUUUCAAACACUGAGCCCUAAUCACUAAACCCUCAGGUUUCAAACACUGAGCCCUAAUCACUAAACAUUAAACUCUAGUCCCACAUCUAUAACCUUUAAAAAACUCCUGGCCCUGUCCACUAAACCCUAAACCAGUGGCCCAUUAAAGUAUUUCACUGGACUGGUCCGAAUACUGAAACAGCUGAAAAACAGAUGAAAACAGUUUGUAGUUUCAGUGACUCUAGUUUUCUUAACAUGAUCCAGCGUGGCCUCUGUAGAUCACCUGUUUCAGUUCAUCCAAUCUCACGCAUGUGUAUAAAUUAUUUAGCUGAAGAAGCUGAUCAGACCUGAGAUGAGCUACAGAGAGAGACAGAGAGGUCAGAAACAGAAGAGUUUUAUUUCAUUUACUCUCUCCGGUCUGAUUAGUGAAGCCAUGACAUGACUUGUUAAAAAUGAAAACAGAAUGUUUAGAUGAACAAACAGAAACGUGUGUUUAUUCUCUUCAAUCUCCAGUGAGCAUGUGGUUUUUACUUUAAUACAGGACUCAGAUAUGAAGCUCACAGAGCAAAGACAGGUUGUGUGUAUUAACACUGGAAUGUACAGGUUACUCCCACGGCUCUGUGUGGCGCUUUUACCGCUUUAAUUCAUUCAUCUUCAGUAAUAACUUUAUCUGCUCAGAGUCACGCUCAUGUAAAACUAGUUUGUUGUAUUUUGCAGAAAGUUUUCUUAGAAAAUAUUGUGGGCGGGGACAAACAAACAUAAUAAGAGUGGGAGCGAGUUUGAGUGGAAUUUAAAAAAACAAUCACGCACACACACCUCUGUUUCAGAGCCCAUGGCGUGAGUUUAAAGUGUUAACAUGAAGCAACAAUGAGAAACAAAUUCAAAUUGUCUUAUUUAUAGCCAUUAACUAAUCAGUGAUGGUUCAGCGUUAAAAGGUCACUGUUGUUGUCAGUUGUGACAAAGUUCCUGAUCUGGAUCUUUAUAAAGGAGGAAUUUUAUGUAACUGGACCUGCACACAUUUUAGUUAAUUAGCACUGGACUAAACUCUUAACUCCUGGCUCUGACCACUAAACCCUAACGGUACUCCCCUUCUGAGGGAGGAGGGGCACCUUAGUGAAACAGGACAAAGCCUUGCUGUUUAGGCGACCUCUUCAGUCAAUGAGCUUUACAGCUGCACACACUACUGAUGAAGGGAUAGUGAAUACUGGAGUAACCCCUAACCCCUAACCACUUUGUUCAAAAGGAAGGGAUGGUGUAAUAAAACACUAUGAGACUCCUAAUGCAGGUCAAAGGUCAAACCCUGGGGAGUUUGUGUGUGUAUGUUUGUGUGUGGGUGUGUUGCUUCAGGAUGUUUCUGUCCAUGUCGCACUUUAUCACCAUGGCAACAGGGCAUGUAAACAUGUGGAAGAAGCUAAAAUGAACUGAUGUAAACCGUGUGAUGAUGUAAGACAAGUGUGUCGUGGCUUUUGAUGGAUUUUUUUAAUAAGAAUGUGUAAAUAUAAACACACACUGAGGGGGCGUGGCUACUGAGGAAGCAAUAACGUAUUUAUUUACUGACAUUUUACCACCAUGUGAAAUGUUUAUUUUAUCUUUUAUAACAAUGAACAUAGGGACAUGGAUGGAAUUCACCUCACAAAUAUUAUAAAUACUAAGAUUAAUAUGUAUAGUAAUUAACGUAUUUUUCCAGACUAUAAGGUUUUUAUAUGAAGUUGAGUCACAUAAAAUUUUAACUCUGAUUUAACUUUAAUUAGCUUGAACUAUCUUGCUAGCAAUCUUGGCUAAUUAUUUUAAGAACACAAUUAAAUAGUUUACCCAAUAAUUGCUAGCAUGGUACCAAACUUUAAUAUUAAUCUAGCUAGUAUUUUAUGAGAAACUCAAAUAAGUUUUAAAAGUUGGUGGUGAUGUCACAAGGUCCAGUCUGUGAUUGGCUGAUUAGAUUUGACGUAAGCUCUUUUUAACCCAGAAAUGCCAUUUAUUCAGAUAUUCAUUUUUAUUCCGCACUGUCUCACCAAUUUGGUCACCUGCCAAUUUCCACCCACCAGCUAGCUCUUCUCUAUCACAUGAAAGCUACCAGCCAGGGAGGGUGAAGGAUAACACAUGCUUCCUCUGAGACACGUGCAGCCUUUUCAAACUGCUGCUCAUGCUGCAUCAAGCAUAACACACUCAGAGGGAAAUGCUUUCUGCCCUCUUCCACAUUCAUGAGCUCACAGAUGCCCACGAUUGGCUUGUGUUGUUGUGAUUGACAGAGGAGAGAGCGUAUGCCCCUCCUACCAAGACAGAAUGGACAAUUUUGCUUCUGGCCACAGAUGGCUAUGGCAUCGUCAAGAUUCAAACUUGCAAUAUUGAUGUUCUUUUUCUUUUCUUUUUUUCUUUUACAAAGACACUUAUAGUCAGGAAAAAUACGCUAAUUUGGAAUUAUUUUUUAUUUUUUGCAUCACAUCAAAGAACAGGAAAUGGAAAAAAACUGAUUUUUAAUAUGGUUUGAGUUGCUAAAAAUACCCUGAGUAUUGUUUUAGCAGCAGGGAAAUGAAGUAUUGAAAAUAUAUGAUUAGCCAAUGUUUUUAGCCAAACUCACACGUGGUGUUUUUUUCCCCCUCAGUGCCAUGAGGACAGUGUUCAUACGUGUUCACAUGUCAGACAUAAUGUCAUUAAUAAAGAGCAAAAUCAUGUGAAAAAAAACACAGCAAACCUAU